CCCGAUUUCGUUUCGUGUCGUGUAUUUUUAUCGUGUCGUGUCAUAAAAAUGACACCAAAUCCACUCAUCCACACUUCAGAUCAAUGGUGCAAUUUCCAGGGGACCGAUGGCUGAAAGUACUUGGAAGUCAGCUGGAAGAAUAAUAGGACGACUUAGAAACUCUUUGUUUUGUGUGGCUGUGGUGGAUUGCGCUAAUUCUUCCUUAAUUAUCUAAAUGACACCCCUACUAAUAAGGUUAUAAUUCUUGGUCAACUCUACUUUGUGCUAUGUAAGUUCCAGGGGAAAGGUACUGGGGGAGGCCACCAAAUCCACUCAUCCACACUUCAGAUCAAUGGUGCAAUUUCCCAGAACCGAUGGCUGAAAGUACUUGGAAGUCAGCUGGAAGAAUAAUAGGACGACUUAGAAACUCUUUGUUUUGUGUGGCUGUGGUGGAUUGCGCUAAUUCUUCCUUAAUUAUCUAAAGGCCGUUCUUAUUCCUAAUUUCCCAGAAACUGCAAAGGAGUUCUCCUCGUAUAUAGGAGCAAAAGUACCACUUACAUCUAAAUAUCUAAUAGGAGAUAUAUCAUCUCUUAUAUUCGAUUCUUCCUUCCACCAGAAAAGCAAGAAUAACGUUUAGUACUACUGUACUAGUAUCUGGUCUGAAGAUGACUUCCAUUGGUAUAGGUUUGAUCGUGCUUACUGAUCACAGAAAGUUAUAUGAGCUGAUACCAGAACAUGUUAAGAAGACAUGGAACGACUGUGCACUUCAGGGACUUAUUUUGAUCAGCAUUGCUUCACAGAUUAUCUUAGUUUUCCUAGGCAAACUUCGGAAACACAAUCCAAGAACUCGAAUCAGAAUCAGUCUCUGGUGUGCCUACUUACUCGCAAAUGCAGUUGCAACAGCAGCUCUUGGUGUCAUCACCCGAACUGCCUUAGAUGUAUGCACACUUUCCAAGUAUCAAAAACUGAACACAAGCGAACUCAAGUCUUUUUGGGCACCAUUUCUCCUUCUUCACCUCGGUGGUCCAGACACAAUUAGCGCCUACUCUCUGGAAGACAAUGAGCUUUGGUUAAGACACUUGGUGGAACUGGUGUUUCAGUCAGGAGUUGCAAUAUAUAUCCUCUUGUUGUCGUGGCCAGGUUGUUCUCAUCUCCCGCUGCUAAGUGUAGUGGUUUAUGUAGCGGGAUUCAUCAAGAUAUAUGAACGUGUUCAGGCUCUUAGGUUAGCAAACACUGAGCAUCUCCGAGACUCGAUGCUUGGUUCUCCUGACCCAGGUCCCAACUACCCAAAAACUCUUGAGGAAUUCCUCCUGAAAAAGUCGCAAGGGUUUGCUAUGAAAGUCGAUGUGGUCCCUGAGGGCCCUCCUCCAGUAAACGAUGAUGCAUUUCCUGUAGGUCGAAGUGAGGUAAUCUCCAAAGCUUAUGAUCUGUUCCAAAUUUACAAGCGGAUCUUUGUUGACCUGAUCCUCGCAUUUGAAGAUAGAGAUAGUAGUCAAUCGUACUUUAAACGUCUAAAGUCUAGUGAAGCUUUCUCUGUUAUUGAGAUCGAACUUGGGUUCGCGUAUGACAUGCUUUACACCAAGGCGAGUGUUGUAUACACCUUUGUGGGUUUCCUAUGUCGUGUUACUAGUGUUAUCCUCGUUGUCAUGGUACUGGUGGGCUUCAGUUUUCUCUGUGAUAGGGAAGAUUAUCGAAUCACUGAUAUUGUUAUUACAUACCUAAUAAUUGCAACAGCAGUUAUAAUGGAAAUUUUUGCAGCUAUUACCAUGUUGCGCUCCGACUGGACUGAUCACUGGUUAAGCCAAAAGAACUACACUCGGAAUAUCCUCGUAUUUCCAUUCUUGAAGAAUCCGAGUAAACCACGAUGGUGCAACUGUAUUGGACAGUUAGACCUGCUGAGUGUCUCCCUUGAGGAGAAGCCCCCUAGUUUUUUACAAGCUCAGAAACUCCUCGGGAUAGAUAAGUAUCGCACAAAUCACCGUUACAAGACUUACAGCGAAGUUUCUGACAAACUAAAAGAUCUGAUUAACCGUCAAUUUCUUGAUUUUAUGAAAGACAACACUGAUCCGAAAUCAUUAUGUAGUCACAAAGGUCUUUGCUAUUACUCAGAGCCUGAUGAUGAUAAAGAUGAAGCUGACAGUGAUGUCUGUCGUACGGAAAGCAAACAUAUAUCUGACUAUCUGCUGUAUCUUCUCACCACAUACCCUGUUAUGUUACCAAUAGGAAUUGGGAUGAUCAGGUAUCGAGACACUUGUGCUGAAGCCACGCGUUUCUUCAAAGAAAAAGAACCUAUUAAUGGAAAGGUUGAAGCAUCCAGAAAAUUGCUUGAAGUUAAAUGCACUGAAUUGCCUCCAUAUAAAGUGAAGGGGGAUCGAUCCAAAUCUGCCUUGUUUGAUGGUUGCAGACUCGCCUUAACUUUGAGAAAUAUGGAAAAGAAAGAAAUGUGGAAAGUCAUGAGUCAAGUAUGGAUUGAGAUUCUAGCUUAUGCUGCUACUCACUGCAGAGGGUUUCAACACGAGCAGCAGCUUCGUAAGGGGGGUGAGUUUCUGACUCAUGUUUGGCUUCUAAUGGCACACUUAGGUAUCACAGAACAGCUUCAGGUAUCUCAAGGUCAUGCUAGAGCCAGGUUCAAUGUGUCAUAG